AUGGAGACAUCGGCUCCGAAGCGGCGCAAAUUGUCGCCAGAGCAGUCUGUCGCAGUAAACAAUAGCAACCAAAACAAUGGCCCCGAUGGCAACCCACGCGACCACCACACAACCACCACCAACACCCCACCUGAUCCUCGUCCCGCAGCGCCGCCCAGAUCCCCCGAGCGUCCAUCAUUCGCAUCACCCACGAGGGCAAGUUUGGCGCGUCACAACCCGGAUGUCCUAGGACGAAGGCAGCCUGCCGGCCGUGGCAAGUCACCAGCGCGGGCGAACCCAGGCGCGUCGCAGCAACCCCCACCUCGAGCUGAUGCCGCCGCCGGACCGUCAGCGACAGUCCAGUCCGGACCCGAAUCCGGAACGGCAACUGGCGACGCAGCACAGGAGCCAAAUGCGCCAGGAGGUCUGUUCGCCAAGCCUAGACGCUCGCCAGUCCGCACACUUGCGCCGCGUACCGCUCAAGAGCCGGAAGAACUCAACCCGUUCCAGGGACGGACUCUACGACGAUCCUUCCCACGCCCUGAACAACCCGAGCCGGAACUGCCGCAGCCUCCUGGUCCCCCAGACCCAAUACUCAGCACGCCGCCGUCGGGCAUUCACAAUACGCCGUCGCAGCGCCCUCGUAGGAGCCGGGCGCUGGCCGAGCGAAUCAAGAGCUCGUCGCCGGUGAAGCCCAAGGCCGCCCCGCCGACGCAGACUUUUGACGAUCAGCAGGACCAGGCUUGGGACUUGCCGACCAAGACCAAGGCGCAACAAGGCAAGCAUUUGCUUUCUGGUGGCAAUGUCGGCAGUGCUGGUUCAGAACAGGCACCCGCAGCGGCGGAUGCGGCAGACUCGAGAGAAGAAGGGGCACGCAGGCGCGCCAUGCGCGGCAUCGAGGACACUCUAGCCGAGGCGCAGAAGAAGAGAGAGCGUGAUGAACUACUAGCCGAGGUUGCGCGGCUCGAAGCUGAUGUAGAAGUGCUCACCCAGGCGCAGAAUGGACAGGCUAACGUGGAUGCCGUGGUCAAGAAUGCCACUGCCGAUGUUCUGCGACGACAUCUACUCCCGAAGGAUCAUGGUGUAAGCAGCGGAGAAGGCGUAUCGGCAAGCGAUGCGAACUGGCUCGAGAUAGCCAUGAACCCAAUGUCGUUUCUCCCCUUCGGCAAUGCCGACUCUAGCCAACUACCUAGUCUCUUCGCUCCCGAAUCCCAACAAAAGGACGAACCACCCCUACCCACAUCCCAUCAUCCAAUACCAAUGACCGCAGAGGACGAACUCCCCUUCCUGCAAGUCUUUACCCCACUCGCCUUCACCUCCACCAUCGCCAUCCUCCCCCGACAGUCUACAUCCGACCCGCUCCUGCAGCAGCACACCAUCUCGGCCUCGUCUACCACGCCGCCGGGGCUCUUUUCGGCGCAGAUCUCCAUGACGGUCAACGCAGCCACUCAUCGCGUUCACUCCCUCUCCGUCCCGCGGCUGGACCCGGCAGCGGCCCCGGAGCUGGCUACCGUGAUUGCCGCAACGACAGCGGUAAGGACGGCGGCGGAGACGGGCCGCGCGCGGCACAACAACAUCUGCGUGUUGGCGUGGGCCAUGGGCGAGUGGGUGCGCGUCGCGACGCGGCGGGCGCGCUUCUGGCGCGUGCUCGAGUCGGAGCUCGCGAGCAAGGACGCCAUGGCUGCUGCGGUUGCGAUGGCGCGGUCGAGGAGGCGGAAGAAGGGCGGAAAGAAGGGCGGGGUGUAUGGGAGGAGUCAGGGGGGUCGCAAUGAUGGAGAUGGCGAUGAACAGCAGCAGGAUGGCGAUGGGGACGGUGGUGAUGACGAUGACGACAGCGGCGACUCGCUAGGGAAGAGGUCUGAUCUGCUGUCGCGCGCCGAGUUGCUACCGCAUAUGGGGCGGACCGCCAUGGAGAUUGGCGUGCCCGUUGCGAUUGGUGGCGACACAGAUGAGGCGUUCUCGUUGAGGAUACAGUGGCGCAUACGGUUCGAUUGGACUGGGGAGGCGGAGAGCGAGGUGGAAUUGUUGACUGGCGUCCCUGGUAAAUGGCGCAAAUCUGAUGACCGUGGAAAGCUAUACGGCAUUCCGGAUUUGUUCAGAAAGUUGGUGGAGGGAGAUGGUGAUCCGAUCUCGGCUGUGAGGGCUGUGGUGGCGUUAUUGGCUGGAGAUGGUGCUUGAUUUGAUACCCAUGUUGCACUUUUGUAAAAUUCAUAAGCGGCCG